UUGUUGGGAAUCCCAGAGAUGCAGAAAACAACAUACUACGACAGUUCAACGCUGUUUGGAGGCUAUUCCUACCAGGGUGCUAAUGGGUUUGGUUAUGAUGGCCCUCAACAGCCUUUCCAGCCUUCUUCUCACGUGGAGAAUGACUACCAGAGGUCUGCCUGCUCCCUCCAAUCUCUUGGCAACACUGCCCCACAUUCAAAAAGUAAAGACCUGAAUGGAAGCUGCAUGCGUCCAAGUUUGCCCCGGGAGAAUCAUCAAGCCCCACCUGUCUCACCACCCCCAAACUCUGUCACCAACAGCAACAGUAGUAACAGCAAUAGCCAGUCAGGGAGCAGUAAAACUGCCCCCAGCAAAUCAAAUCUCAGUUCAAACGCAACUCUCACCAAACAGAUUUUCCCCUGGAUGAAAGAAUCGAGACAAAACUCCAAACAGAAAAACAGCUCCCCUACCACAGAAAGCUGCAGCGGCGAGAGAAGCCCUCCAGGGUCUUCUGCUUCCAAACGAGCCCGCACUGCGUACACCAGCGCGCAGCUGGUGGAGCUGGAGAAGGAAUUCCACUUCAAUCGCUACCUUUGCAGGCCCCGCCGAGUGGAGAUGGCCAAUCUGCUCAACCUCAGCGAAAGGCAGAUCAAGAUCUGGUUCCAGAACCGGAGGAUGAAGUAUAAAAAAGAUCAGAAGUCGAAAGGCAUGGGGUCUUCUUCGGGGGGGCCCUCCCCAACGGGCAGCCCGCCCCAGCCCAUGCAGUCCUCGGCAGGAUUUAUGAAUGCCUUGCACACCAUGACUAGUAACUACGAUGACCCAUCGCCUCCUUCCUUUAAUAAGCCCCACCAGAAUGCCUAUGCCAUGUCCACUAACUACCAAAACCCCAUCAAAGGGUGCCCCUCGCAACAGAAGUUUGCCAACACCGCGCCGGAGUACGAUCCCCAUAUAUUACAGGGCAAUGGGAGCACAUAUGGGACUCCUAAUAUGCAAGGCAGCCCUGUAUACGUUGGAAGCAGCUAUGUGGAUUCUUUGCCUGCUUCGGGACCCUCCCUUUACGGCCUCAGUCACCUGCCACACCACCACUCUGCCAGCAUGGACUACAACGGGGCUCCACAGAUGCCAACCAGCCAGCACCAUGGACCAUGUGAGACCCACCCGACCUACACAGACCUUUCCACGCACCACGCCUCUUCUCAGGGCCGAAUCCAAGAGGCGCCCAAACUCACCCACCUGUGAUAGGGUGGGGGCAGGGAGGGUUGGGGGGAGGGCAGGACAGACUCAUGAGGAUGUGGGUGUGAAUCCGCAGUGGGACUUGGUUCAGAAACAUUUGUGUUGAGCCCUUAAGAUAUUUGUUUGGUGGCCUGUCUUGUUAGCCCUUCAAGCGGAGAAAUUUCUGGCUUUUCCUGGUUUUAUUAAGCCCAUUAAGCACAACUUCUGAUGAUUAAUUCUAUUUAUUUGCAAGAUGCAUCUGUCUAUCUAUCCCCAUGCACACCUCUCUAUCUAUCUAUCUAUCUAUCUAUCUAUCUAUCUCCAUACACACCUCACUAUCUAAUCUAAUCUAUCUACCUAGCUAUCUAAACGCUAGAUAGAUAUACCUUCUAAUGCCUCAACACAAAUGCUUUUGAAUACAUUUGGUGUAGUUUUAUGGAAAUCUAGCAAGAUAUAAAACCAAAAACAACCUGAUAUAUUUAAAGAAGGUACAAAUAAGUACAAAGAUUCCUCGGACAUUGAUAAUGGCAGCAUACUGUCAACCCACCAAAUCUAUACAAUUGGCCUAUUAAGAACAGAUACAUUUUUUAAAUCUAAACAGAUUCACAGAAAACUACAUCCUCCAAAUCUCCCCCUAAAGAAUCUUACCUUUUCCUUUCCAGUCUAACUCCUGAGAUGAAGAACAUCUUUUUUUGCUGAGUAAUUCCUCCCCCACCCCAUCAGCUGAAAAUAUACAUAUCUGCCAACAUUUGGAAAUCUAACUUUUCUUCCUCCUCCUCUUCACACGGUCCUCAAACAGGCUUAAGAGUUGUAAAGGUUCUGGAAAUAAAUUUCUGCAACAAAGCUGGUUUUAUAUAUAUAUAUUUUUAAAGAGGCCAAAGAGAGGAAGAUAAAGUUGACAGGUCUGGAUAUUUUUAACCUUUGCCUCUUAUGGAGUGAAGUCUCCAUUCGGUUACACGGUUUUUUGGUUUAGGGUUCAUUAACAAAAAAGCAAUCUUAAGACUUAAAAAUCCCUACAUUUUGUUCCUCCUUCUCUCUUGACUUAACGUGAAAACAGGGUAUUUUUGAACAAACGGUAUGUCCUCCAAAAGAAGCAGAAGUGAAUGGACCUUUGGUAUUUGCUAAUGCUUUCUUGUCUGGACAUCUUUGUUGCACUUAGAGUUUACAUUGAAUGGGUUUAAAACAACUUUGAAGGGCGUUCGUCCACUAAAUCCUGACGUCUUUCAAAAGCUGUGUGUUCUGGUGAACAUUCAUAUAUAUUUAUUGGUUAUAGCCAGUUUAAAAUAUUUUUCCUUUUUUUGUAUUAUUUAUCCCCCACAUCAUGUAUUUAUAUGAGAAAAAGAAUCAAAUUGUACUUUUUUAGUAUUGACUUGUUAUAAAGAACAUUGUGUUUCCUUGUCAUUGUACGCCAAGCUUAUUUUAGUUAUUGUAAUUUAGAAAGACCAGUAGUUUUAUGUUACUCUCGUACUUAUGAAUAACGUAAUUAGUUCUACUGGAGGCAUGAGAGCAGAUCCAGACUGUAAUUGUAUAGUCCUGAAUUAGAAGAACUAUAGCUAAUCCCCCUCCCACGUCAUCCCUCCUCUUUGGAGAUCUUUCUUUGUUCCUAUAGUAGUUAUUUUAUUUCCUUGCUUAAGGGUUGUCUGUUGAACAAUUCUUGAAUAAACUUUCUGUUAUCAGUU